AUGCUGGGAGUAAACAUGAAAGCUAAGAUCAAAGUUGCACGAAAGUCCUGCGCGCCAGAAGACCAAAGCCUGGAUUUAGAAAAAUUAAAGAACAAAGAAGUACGUGAGAAAUUUCAGCUAGACCUCAGAAAUAGAUUUCAGCAUUUAGAAGUACAGGAAGAUAUUAACGAUACGUGGGAGGAUACUAAAAAUACAGUUUUGAAAUCUGCGCUGACAGUGAUAGGCAAAAAGAAAAAGAGAAAGAAAAGGAGGUGGUGGAAUGAAGAGUGUGAGAUGGCCAUGGAAGAAAAGAAGAAAUAUAAGGUUCUCUCCGAACAAGAUAACAAAUGGAUUACCAAACAUCAAGAGGCG